AUGAAUAUUCGCAUUGGUCUUCAUAAUACAGUAUGUUUUCGGUUGGAAAAUGACACCAGUGACAGGGAUUCGCUGUUUGCCGACGUGCUCACUGUGAGAAGUCAGGAUCAAGGAUGGUUGCACACCCUCACACUAUCACAAUUGGAGCACCAUCAUCCGAUUUCGCAACAGUACGAGUUUGCGAUCCCGGAAGUCAGGGCUUCCUGUAUCUGCGAAUGCGAUUCCAGUUCGGAUAGUACUAAUACAACAGCACUACCACAAAAGGACACCAUCCUAUCUCAGCCACUUACACCUUCCUGCUCUGAGAUUAACUAA